GGACCCCCACAAUGCUGUUUGGGGCUAGAUGAGAAGCAAGAGAUUGAGGAGAGAGAGGCUGGAGAGCAGAGGCGGCCAGGAAGCUUGGGCGUGCGGCCGCAGGGAAGUGGACUAGCUGUGCUAUGCAGUUGACUUAGUAUCGUUCUCACCUGCUGCAGCGAAUCCGGCUUCUGGACGGGGCUAGCCCUGCCCCUGGAGCUUAUAGGCAGUUUCUCCAAAACAAGCCGUUGGAGGGGCUGCUAUUAAAGUGGCUCUCGGUCCCAGAGCUGCCGCUGGGGGGAGAGACAGUGGCUCUAGCUCCAGUCCGUCGCAAGGAUGUCUCCUCCCGUGACUCCGCCCAAGACCCUGUCCACCAAGAAGUGCAUCUGCCAGCUGUGCUCCUGCGGGCGCCACCAUUGCCCACAUCUUCCCACCCGGAUCUAUGAGAAGAAUGAGAAGCCAUGCUUCCUGUCGGAGUACGUGGAACAAUACCCCCUGUAUCCCUACGCCCAUCCCAGAGACUCGUUCAAGCCCAAGGCAGACUACCAGAAGCAGCCAGUGGCCGUGGAGGGAAUGACAACUUUCAAGAGAGAUUACGUACCUCAUGAAGUGUUGCCAGUGAAAUUCAAACCACCUGAAAAGUAUGUCAAGAGUGAUGAGAACAUGGAUUUAAUCUCAGUAUAUAAACAAGACUACAACCCCUAUCCUAUCUGUCGAGUUCCUCCCUGCUUGCCCCGGGAGACUAACUACACCUCCAAUGUCAAGAUGGACACAAUACCUACGUACAAAGGUGACUAUGUGCCAUGGAAUGAAUCAAAACGAGAGAUGAUUAAACCAGACAAUAAAUACCAUCCAUCAGAAGCAAAAUUUGACUACAGAACCACUGUCCAGGAUGAUUAUAUAUAUAAGGGACCAGUCGCCACUCACAGCUGCAAACCUCUGAAUCCAGCCCACAUGACCAAGGCACCUUUGGAGGACCUGACAAAUUAUAAGUUGAAUUAUGUGCCACAUCCCUUGGAGAAACGCUUUGUCCAUGAGUAUGAGAAGUAUAAACCCAGUGAAACCCAAUUUGAUGGCCUCACCACCCACAAACAAUCAUACAAGGGUCUGGCUGGCCCGCCUGCCAAGAUAGUGAAACCGUACCAGUCAAUGCCAACCCACGAUCUCCCGUUUUCCUCUUCCACAGAGUUUCGGGAAAAAUACCAAGCUUGGCCACAGCACCCCAUGUUCACCAGAAAACCUGAUGUGUACGUGCCCCCCGUAGAGAAAAUGGACCUUCAGACAACUACUCAGACUCAUUACACGUACCCUAAGGGACAGCCAGCCAAGGCAUGUCGGCCCUUGGGCCAUGUUCCGAAAACCACUGCACCCUUUGACAGCUGCUCCACCAUGAAGGAUGAUUACAAGCCAUGGCAUGGUAAGAAAGCAAAACCCAUCAUACCUGCCCCAGAACUUACUUUGCCAGCAGAACCAAUGGAGAACCUGACCACCUUUCGGGCCCAUUACGUGCCUCACCCCCCUGCUUUCACUAAGAGCCUUAAGCCAGGUUGCUCAGCUGCACGGCCUAACGUGCCAUUUGAUGCAGAAACCACCUACACCACCAGCUACACGCCGAAGGAAAUUGUCAAAUGCCUUGCCGCCUACAAAGAACCUCCAGGCUAUGUGUUUCAAGAAAUCGAUGCUGUCGGUCACAAGUUCUACUGCCCUGUUUCGGAUGCUGAACGCUCAAUGAGUUCAAAGAGUAAAGAGCGAAGAAGCAGCUUUUCUGGGAAUGGACUAUACCUACCUGGCCCAAAGGAACUACCAGUGACGGCCUGAUUUUUUUUUAACCCUCUUUUAAACUGAUCAUUGAUUUUAUUCCUUUAAAGAGCUUAAAAUAGCUCCCAGGGUGUAGCUCCUGGUGGAACACCUGAAUAAUAAGAAUCCUAAUGUCUGGGGAAAGAACAUUUUAAUCA